UUCACACAACAACAACAUCACACAAUCUCACAACAGUGGCAGCAAGAACCUCAAAUCAGACCCAAGACAAUGGGGAUCUGCAUGUCUAGCGGCGCGGCAGCUGUGGCGGCGGUACAGGCCGAUGGUCUGGCCGCGUCGACGGCGAUGGUGCUCCUGCCCACAGGGGAGCUGCGAGAAUACACGCCCCCAGCUACAGCGGCGCGUGUUCUCGAGGACUCCAUCGAAACGGGGCGCGACUGGUUCCUGUGCGACGCCGACACGAUGGGGUUCGACGGCGCCGUCGCCGCCGUGGGCGGGGCCGAGGAGCUCCGCCCGGGCCAGAUCUACUUCGUGCUCCCCGCCGAGGCCCGCCGCAACGGGCUCCGGCGGGAGGACAUCGCCGCGCUCGCCGUCAGGGCGUCCGCCGCCCUGGCCAGCAAGUCCAGCACGUCGCCACUCGUGUUCGCGCCUCCGGCGGAGAAGGCCGACCAGGCCGCCGCCGCCUACAAGACCGUGCCGGCGCUGGCUGCCAAGCGGCGGCAGGUGGCGCGCGCCAAGAGCGCCGGGAGGAUGCAGCCGCGAUUCGCGCCGGAUCUGAGCGCCAUUCUCGAGUGCGACACGAGUGAGUGAUUUUCUGGGAUCGAAGCAAGAGCAGAUAUUUGGGGAUGAAUCCAGUCUAUGUCUCGAACAUGGAGGACCUCCGACCAUUCUGGACAAAGGACGCGGACGGGCGGAAUUGAUGUCGCCACCCUGGCUUAGGCUGCAUCAGCGGCUGACAAAGCGGAGGUCCGUCGGAUCUGUAUCGGACGGACGUUGCUAGCUUGGAUCGGA